CAUGCGGACGUCAAUUUCUGUUUUCUACAAUUCAGGCAACUAUAAAGACCUUAAAAAUAAUUGCAACUAAGUUUUUUUUGCAGUUGAAUGUGACAGAGGCAAAAAAGUACUGCUGCAAAAUUGGCCUCACCAUGCUGUCUCUAGAAUCUUCAGAAAAGCAAAUUUGCUUGAAUAAUUUUGCCAAAAAGCAAAAGUUAAGAAUAUCUGGAGAUUACUGGACAUCAGGAACAGACCAGAACUGCCCUGAUAAAUUUCACUGGUGCUCAGCACAAAAGAAUUUUCUUAAAAAUGAAAUCAGAUGGAAAAGCGGUCACCCUGAUCCGAAUUUCGACUGCGUGAUGGCAAAUUUUAACUCUUCACUUGCAAAUUUCACCGAGUUGGCGACUGCCAAUUGCUCAGUUCCAAAAAAAUUUGUUUGCGAAAUACGUCAAAAAAACACAGCGAGGUUAGCACUACAGGAAGAGUGCGCCGCACUUUGGAACGUCACUCCAGAGGAAAUUCUGCUAUUCCAACUCGGACUCGCUGGCACUGCUUCAUACUCUUACAGAUUAAAGUGCUUCAUUCGGUGCAUUGGCAUUGAAGUGGGAAUGUUUGCAGACAAUGCUCUGGUGACCGACGAGAUUCUGCGGAAAAUGGAAAUUGCAGCAAACGACGACCCACCUACAUUGCAAACCGGAUUCAAUGCUUUCGACGAUUGUAGCCCAUUGAGAAACAAUGAUGAGUGCAUCACUGCAUCUGAAAUUUACAAGUGCGGAUUGCAAAAAGCGCCCUUGCUGACAAACAGCAUGGUCAACGAGGGGAGCACAAAUUUAUCUGUGUACGGUCCACCAUUGGAUUGUGUGCCUAUUGAAAACUAUUGCUUUGCCACUGGAGUGUUUCCCUGCGUACUGAACUCCACAAAACGAACUAUGCUUUUGAAUGGAAACCAUCCUGAUCUAACUUAUUAUAUCAAUGGUACCCCCGGAAUAUCCUACGCCCUCUCAAGAAAUUUCAGAUAUGAAAAUUUAUCUUACCCUGAUGCUUUCAAUCAUUGCUGUAGUGUCGGCAUGAGACUAGCUCACCCAAUUAGUGCAACAGAGCUAUCAAGACUCAAUUCCAUUAUGUUCACGAAUGGUUUCAACGAAUAUCUUCCUUUAGUUGGAGACAUGUUCAAAUUGAACCAAACUCACAACGCUUGGUGUGAAACAGGGAAAGUGGUGGAUGACAGUUUGUAUGAUAUAGUGGGACCCCCAGCAUCAUACGACAAUCAAAAUUACAAUCCUGAUUGCUAUGUAUAUGCAUAUGGGUUGCAUUAUACUACGAGGAAUCUCGCAAAAUAUGCACUCGAUGCUAAAAACAUUUAUGGAGCCACUGGCGCUCCACUGUUUUUUUGCCAAGAUCUUUAAAAAUCCGAAUCAUAUUUUUGAAAUUUAAAAAAUUCCAAUUUUAAAUACUUUGUAAAUAUUUGACAACGGAUGUAAAGAUAAAGAAUAUGAAAAAAAUUCCUUCUCAAAAUCACUCUAAAUUAAUAUCAGCGGUUUCUCAUUGGACAAUCUACAACAUUUAAUCCAUUUUGGGCUUUUUGAUGAAGAUUACUAAGA